AUUCUUUCUUGUUUUUCCUCUGUGCAUCCCUGUCUUCUUCACGUUCCCAUUUCUCUCACAGGAAACCCAAAGCAUGAAGGUACUUCAGCUGGAUCCAUCUUUUACUUAUCGGCCAGAGCCUGAAAAUCAUCAGUACAGAAAUUAUAAAGAUGGCCCUCUUGUGGACAGAGUGAAGAAGACCUACAGCCUUAUGCACACAUACCAAACUGUGGACUUUGUGAAGGAAAAGCAUGCACUCUGGAGUUCUUGUACACAUAAUAAGAUGAGUGUCAUGGAGGCUCUAAAUUUGCUGGAUAAUCUAGUGGAUGAAUCUGAUCCUGAUGUGGACUUCCCAAACUCCUUCCAUGCUUACCAAACAGCAGAGGGUAUCCGCAAGGUACACCCAGACAAAGACUGGUUCCAAUUGGUGGGUUUGUUGCAUGAUAUUGGCAAAAUUCUGGCCCUGGAGAAUGAGCCUCAGUGGGCUGUUGUUGGUGACACUUUUCCUGUUGGUUGCAAGUUCCAAAAAUCUAUUGUAUUUAGUGACACAACAUUUGAAAACAAUUCAGAUGCAAAACACCCAGUAUACCGCACAGAAUAUGGGAUCUAUGAACCCAAUUGUGGUCUAGAAAAUGUCCUCAUGUCUUGGGGUCAUGAUGAAUACCUGUACCAAGUUCUGAAGUUUAACCAGUGUUCCAUACCAGAAGAGGGCAUGUACAUGAUCAGAUUCCAUUCAUUUUACCCGUGGCACACAGGAGGUGAUUACAGACACCUUUGCAAUGAGAAAGAUCUUAGGAUGCUACCUUGGGUGCAAGAAUUCAACAAAUUUGAUCUCUACACAAAGACUGAAGAUUUGCCUGAUGUGGAGAACCUUGGACCAUAUUACAAAGGUUUAAUAGACAAGUAUUGCCCUAGGGUGUUAUGCUGGUGAUCAUUUAUUGCUAAGUGACCAGAAGACACCUCCUGCUGCCUAAACAUCUAUGCCAUUAUGUCUUACUUUGCUCGAUGUUUCUUUUCCACAUAUGAAAAAUUUAUGAAAAGUAACAGAUGUUUGAUACCACUAUUUAACGUUAGUAAAAGAAGAACAUGCUGAGCAAAACUGUCUUUUCAUUCAGAAAUAAAGUUGGAACAGAGCACCGAUACUGUAUAUAUUUAGUAAAUGCUGCUCCCUAGUGGACUUCCAGGUACUGACCAUUGGAUUAUAAACUCACUGAAAAUGAGAAA